AUGAUGCAGCACGGGGUGCCGCUGGCACUCUUCGUUGCCCUGGCCUUUGCCGUCCUGCCUACAGCGACGAUGAGUCCUCAGCCUGUUAUCAAUGCGAGCCUCAAGGCUGCUAUUUUUGGCAAGAUUCCUUUGACGGAGGCGCUUGUCCAGACAAGUGCCGCAACCCCGAAUUGGAAUGCCAGCACCAUUCACAUUGUGAGGACUGCAGUGAGCAUUGUGCUGCUAGAGCUGAAUAUUGCGACCGGCAUGGGGAUUGCUAUGCAUGCGAAGCCUGCUGGUUCUACGAUGACGCGGUUGAUCACGCUUGCCCCAGCCAUUGCCGCAACGAAACCUUGGAGUGCCAGACCGACGCUCAUUGCGGCGAAGAAGAAUAUUGUCAUCAAGACGGCUCGUGUGCUCACUGUUCACGCUGCCUGCAAGGCGAAAUUGGUUCACUGCGGAUACUUUGUCGUUCCCUCCACAACAAACCGUGAUGAGACCACGCCAAUGCCUAGCACGGGCUCCGGUGAUGACGAGCUGAGUGGUGAGCAACCCACCACUCGUGCACCCGAAGAUAUGACAACUGCAAAGGUCACAAAAACUGUCUCUGCUGAACCCACAACUGGUGCUGAUGCUGAACCCACAACUGGUGCUGCUGCCGAGCCUACGACCGAGGCUGCUGCUGAACCCACCACCGCGGCUGCUGCUGAACCCACAACUGGUGCUGCUGCCGAGCCUACGACCGAGGCUGCUGCCGAGCCUACGACCGAGGCUGCUGCCGAGCCUACGACCGAGGCUGCUGCCGAGCCUACGACCGAGGCUGCUGCUGAACCCACCACCGAGGCUGCUGCUGAACACACCACCGAGGCUGCUGCUGAACCCACCACCGAGGCUGCUGCUGAACACACCACCGAGGCUGCUGCUGAACCCACCACCAAGGCCGCUGCUGAACACACCACCGAGGCUGCUGCUGAACCCACCACCAAGGCCGCUGCUGAGCCUACCACCGAGGAGGAGGUGGUGGAACCCACUACUGAGCAGGACGCCGAGCCCAGCACUGUUGCAACACUGCCAACGCAGGGAGCUUCCAGCUCGACCUCCGCGCCUGCUUCUACCGAUACUGUGCCAGAUCAAGAUGGUUCAGGCGAUGACUCGGGUGAUUGGGGCAUGGAGCCCUCUACAACACCGGCCAUUUGUCAGCUGGACCAGUGCUAUGCGUGUGUCGCGGAUGACUUUGCGCAGUGCGCAGUGUGUAAAAACAAGUUCCUCCUUCACAAUGGCGCAUGCCGUGAGACCUGCCCCGCCGGCUUUGAAGCCGUCGGAAAGGGCCAGUUCAACCGCUUCUGCCGUGAGAUUCAAGUCGAGGAACCCACCUGCGCCGACGAGUUUUGCCAUGACUGUGCUGGUAACCGUUCGGUGUGCACCGUGUGCUCCAGUGGUCGGUACCUCCAUGCGGGUGCCUGCCUUGAGCAUUGUCCCGCCGGCUACGAAGAGGUGGGCCGUGGCAACUUCAACAACGAAUGCCGCUUGGAAGCGCUCGCUGGCUGUGCCGAUAACGAGUGCUACUCGUGUGAGGAGGACCGUGAUCUGUGCACCAUGUGCAAAAAUGGCUACUUUCUUCAUGAGGAUGGCUGCGUGGCUUCAUGUCCCUCGGGUUACGAGCCAGUCGGUCGUGGCAACUUUGGCAAGUACUGUCAGUUGGCUGCUUUCGCGUGUGCUGAUGAGUUUUGCCACGACUGCAGUGCCGACCGCAAUGUGUGCUCGGUCUGUGGAUCGGGCCGCUUCCUUUUUGACGGGGCCUGCCUUGCAUCCUGCCCUGCCGGAUAUGUCAACGUGGGGUCGGGCAACUACCGCAACACUUGUCGCCGGGCGCGCGUAUGUGCAGACCAUUGCCACAGCUGCGAUGAGGAUAUGCCUGAGACCUGCUUGGUCUGUCGCCAUGGCACAUAUCUUCUAAACGGCACCUGCCAUACGACUUGCCCGGCUGGUUAUACAGGCAAGGGCCGGGGCAACUUUCACAACUUUUGCGAAAAGGAUCGUGCUUGCCAGCGCGGUCAAGACAGCUGUGACCUGUGCGACGAGGAAGCUGAUCAGUGUGUGCGCUGUCGGGACGCGCGGUACCUGCAUGAGGGCUCCUGCAUCGACGCAUGCCCCCACACGCACAUGCCGGUUGGUCGCGGCAACUUCAACCUUGAGUGCCAUGAGCGUGGAGUGGGUUGCACUGCCCUUGUCGAUGAGUGCUACCGUUGCAACCUCGGUGGUACCGCGUGUGAGGUGUGCAAAAACGGCUUUGCCCUUUACAACGGUUAUUGCGCCCAGACAUGCCCCGAUGGUUACCGCAUGCGUGGCUCGGGCAACUUCAACCGUGCAUGCGUCACCGCCUAA